GAAGGAGGAAACGUGCACGCGCACCUGUUUUAGGCGCAUUACGGUAGAGUCAAUUGUCCUCCGAACACAUCACUGCUGCUGCUGCGCGCGAGCCGGAGUAAUCCAACACUGAUUUCUCCGCGGAAGAGAGAGAGAGAGAGAGAGAGAGAGAGAGAGGUGCGGGACAGGGGGAUGCAGCCAGGGCCAAGCACAGCUCAGACUUGAGAGAGAGAGAGAAAAAGUGACGGAGAAGAAAGGGAAAGGACGGAAAGAAGAAGAGGAAGAAGGAAGAAGAAGAAGACGCUCCAGGAGUGCGCGUGCUCGUUUUCGCUUUCAUGAACUUUUCCCGAGCGGGUGACCAUGAGCUCGUGCGCACCGGCAGGGUAUUGUUUCUACUGACCGUCCGCUCUGCAAGAGGAAGCUAAUAAACAGAGAGAGAGAGAGAGAGAGAGAGAGAAAAGCAGCAAAACAAAAACAGGAAGGACUAAUAAAGACUGUUGAAGUCGGUUGAAAGUAAUGACCCCGCGAUAUUGAUCACAAAUCGCAGGGUGGUUUUUGUUUUUUUUUUUCUUUCCUUGUUUUUUUUUUUAAUUAUUAUUAUUAUUAUUAUUAUUAUUGUUAUUAUUAUUUUUAUUUAUUUUUGGUGCCAGCUUCCUGCGCCUCUGUGUGAGCGCGCGCGGCUUUUGGAAUCACCAGGACGCGUUUCAGCCACAGCUGGAAGAACAUCCACAUGGUCGAGCGCGCGCCGUGAAAGUUCACUUCUUCCGAGUUUGCCAACAGGUGCCACGUGAUGAUGGUAGAAUCAGCAACUGAGACCAUUCGAACAGCGUCCUCCAACCAAAACGGAGUCAGCAGCCUGACCAGCCAAUCAGAGGGUGGAGGAAGAGAGGGCGGUUCCAACGGUGACGCCAAUGGGGAGAUCAGCCCCGUGGAUUUACUGCACCUUCAACAGCAGCAGGCUCUCCAGGCAGCACGCCAGUUCCUUCUUCAACAGGCCACAGGACUCAGCUCGCCCAGCAGUAACGAGGUCAAACAGAGCCCUGUACAGGUGCCCGUGUCCAUGGCAAUGAUGACCCCACAGAUGAUCACUCCUCAACAGAUGCAGCAGAUCCUUUCACCUCCACAGCUGCAGGCGCUGCUCCAGCAGCAGCAGGCUCUCAUGCUGCAACAGUUGCAGGAGUACUAUAAGAAACAGCAGGAACAGCUGCAUCUGCAGCUUCUCAGCCAACAGCAGCAAGCAGGGAAGCAGGCCAAAGAGCAGCAGCAGUUGGGCAGCAAACAGCUGGCUUUCCAGCAGCAGCUGAUCCAGAUGCAGCAGCUGCAGCAGCAGCACAUUCUCAACCUUCAGAGGCAAGGCCUUGUCGGAAUACAACCUGGUCAAGUCCCCAUCCAGGGCCUGCAGCAAGCCAUGUGUCCCACGGACCUGCAGCAGCUGUGGAAGGACGUGGCGGGCAUGCAGAACGCAGACGAGCCCAUCAAGCACGAGGGCCUCGACCUGAGCACCAACAGCUCCAACACUACCUCAUACACGGCCUCCAAAGUCUCACCUCAGAUCCCCCAUCAUCCUUUGCCAAAUGGACAGAACUCCAUGCACACUCCAAAGAGAGACAGAGCAAGACUCUUUGAGUGGAUCUCGUCCUUCACCAAGGGGGAGUCCAGUGACGAGCAUCUCACCCCUUACCCCAAAGGCACUCCUCUACAGAGUACCCACUCAUCCCAUGAGGAACACACAGCUUCACACCCACUGUACGGCCACGGAGAGUGUAAAUGGCCCGGCUGCGAGGCGCUCUGCGAAGACAUGGGCCAGUUCAUUAAGCACCUCAACAGUGAACACGCCUUGGACGACCGCAGUACAGCCCAGUGUCGGGUGCAGAUGCAGGUCGUUCAGCAGUUGGAGAUACAGCUGGCCAAGGAAAGCGAGCGUCUGCAGGCCAUGAUGACCCACCUGCACAUGCGUCCAUCAGAGCCAAAGCCUUUCAACCAACCGCUGAACUUGGCGUCGAGCGCCUCUCUGUUGAAGCGGGACAGCGAGCCUUUCCCCGAGGGUUUACCUCACCCUCCCACUUCGGCUGCAGCUCCCAUCACCCCCCUGAGGCAGGGCCCGUCCGUCAUCAGCUCCUCCAGCCUACACGGUGUCGGUCCAAUCCGCCGGCGCAAUUCCGACAAAUACUGCACCCCCAUCGCAUCUGAGCUCGCCCAGAAUUGUGAAUUCUACAAAAACGCUGACGUCAGACCUCCGUUCACGUACGCGUCUCUGAUACGGCAUGCUAUUCUUGAAUCCCCCGAGCGACAGUUGACUCUCAACGAGAUCUACAACUGGUUUACACGAAUGUUCGCUUAUUUCAGGAGAAAUACAGCAACCUGGAAGAAUGCCGUGCGCCAUAACCUGAGCCUCCACAAAUGCUUCGUGCGAGUGGAGAACGUCAAGGGUGCUGUUUGGACUGUGGACGAAGUGGAAUACCAAAAGCGGAGACCACCAAAGAUGACAGGAAGUCCCACUCUGGUGAAGAACAUGAUCUCUGGAUUGGGCUUUGGCUCCUUGAAUGCCAGCUACCAGGCGGCGCUCGCAGAGAGCAGUUUGAAUCUCCUGAACAGCCCCACGCUGAUAAACAGCACAGGAGCUAGCCUCAACAUGCUGCAUGUGGGUCACGACGACGUGAGCAGCACCGUGGAGCAGGUGAACAGCAACGGCAGCUGCAGCCCCGGCCUGUCUCCACAGCAGUACGGACACCAGGUCCACGUGAAGGAGGAACCCGCAGAGCUUGAGGAGGACAGCCGGCCCGUGUCCCUCAUUGCGUCCGUCACCCAGAACCUGGGCAUGCCCAGUGACGAGCGCGACAUGGAGGAGGAGCUUCCCACGGAGGAGCUGGAAUAAAGGUGGGCGGGUUUGCGGUCCCCGCCUUUCCUUCCUGCGCAAGGCGUAAAAUAACCACAAAGAGGAAAAACAAAGAGAGAUGAUCCAGAAGCAACCCCAACAUCAAGAAACCAAAACAGGGUGUACCCCUCAUCAGUCCAUCAUGCAUUUUAUUUCUUUGUCUUUUUAGCGUCUUUUUUUUUUUUUUUAAACGUCUCUCUACUUUUCCUCAGUUGAUCUCUUCACUAAGAAAAUGUUUUAAAAGUCCCACAGACAAGUUCUUAGCCACUCGUGUAUUUGAGACUGGUGCAGCCGGUUUGUAUCUCGUGCUCAGAACAAUCCGUCUCCGACUGACGGGCAAACACGCCACGAGUCCCCCAAAGCGUCUCGCUCUGCUCCUCCCGUCUUAUCAGCUUUACUUAACUUUUUACCUUUUUUUUUUUUUUUUUCCGCCUGGCCUGAGAACUGCUUUGGGAUAAAACCGCAGCUGUGGUUUACCUCGGAACGAUGUUCACGCAUCCAACAACGGAAAACACGGACUAGACCAUUAGAAUGAACUUCAGCCUGGUUCUAUCCUGGACUUUUAGGUUCUUUCAGGGGCGUCAUGCCUCUUUACUGAACAAAAAAAGAAAGAAAAUAGAAAAGAAAAAAAAAAACAAGGGAUCAAAACAUGACCAGAGCAACUGACUCCCUCGAUCUUACCCUGACCUUUUGACCUUUGACCUUAAGAUUUCUGAACUCUUGAUAAAAGAGGGGUGGAGUUUUCCAUUCUUGGAGCAGUGUUAACAUUUUGUGAUCACUAUCUGAUAUCUGAAACCAAACAGCUCUCUCUCUUUCUGCUUUUGUUAGACCGGUCAAAGAAAAACAGAGAUGAAAUUGCGACCCCCUCCCCCCCCCCCAAAAAAAAAGACAUCUUUUUUUUUCUUCAGGAAAAGGACCAACUGGUGUGUCAGCACUGGCAGCCAUGAUGAGGCGUCAAAGCUCAGAGACAUGACUCUUAACUUCGACUCAAACGUGUGUGACGUAGCUUUCCGAUGCUCUUUAAACAUUUAUUUCACAUUCAUUCAUAUUUCACAGUCAGCGACUUCUACAGGAUCAGCCUUUCACAUCGUGGUGUACUUGAGUUAUAAAUAUGUAGGUUGAUUUUCUGUUCUUGCUGUUAUUAUAUAUAUAUAUAUAUUUUUUUUUUUUUUAACUGAAGAAUUAUCAUUCCAAACGGGCUGGAUUUUGGAGAGGAUCUCAAUAAUCCUUCCUUUACCCAAAAGGCCCUCUUACCUGUUACUUAAAGAUGAUUGAGAAGAGCACUUACCAUCAAAGCAGCGACGGAAACAAGGACCACAAAACAAAGAAACCGAGAACGUUUAAUACCAGGAAGAUGGGCUCGAUCAAAGUGGGUUCGAACGUGCAGGUUCCCUGAACCAUCCCUCCAGGCAACUCUUUUUUUCCUUUCUUUAUCAUUUGUCGUUUUAAAUUCAGCUGCGAUACAAAGCGUUGUUUUAAAGAGAUGGCCACAGAAUACCUCAAUCCACGGUGUUCCCUCGCGUCGUCAAGGGGAUUCGUACUGUGGCCUGACUAUUUCAAAGAUCUACGUAGACGUCAUCUAGAUAUGCGAAUGCUUAUGGAAAUGUCUGGUCAGCAUGUGAGAUUUUCAAACUUUAGCUUUCAUCAAACUUUGGAGAAACAACAUCAACGUUCAUAGCAGUGGCAUACCAAAUUCAAGUUUUAAUUUCUUUUCUUUUUUUUUUUUCCUCCUCCCAAUGUAUUUUCGUUACAGGUUAUUACCAAAGAGAUUUGUAGUAAACCAAAUACCCUGCAUUUUUUUUUUUUUUAAAUUUCUUGUCUUUGCUUUCCUUCCUCCUACAGAAACCUGUCCAAAAAGAAAACAGUUAUUCCUUAAAUUAUUAUGCUGUUUUUUUUUUUGGUUUUUUUUUUGCUGUUAAGUUGAAUAUUAAGUGAUUUGUUAAAGAUUUCUAGUGCAGAACAUUCCAAAAAACCAAAGCGUAAGAUGCUAAAGAGAAUUUGGUGGUUUUAAGAAGAAAAACAAAGCUGUUUAAGUGUAGUGUGUAAAGUGAAUGAGUUAAUCUUAUGUGGUGUAAGGCCAAAAAGAAGCAGUAUUGUCAAACCUCUUUCAGUUCCUUAGAUGAUAAAGCACUUAACGAGAAAAUAAAUGAAAUAAUAAUAAUAAUAAUAAUUUAAACAAACAAACAAACAAAAAAAAACACGUUCUUACCCUCUCACGCUCAGGCAACGGCAAAGUGUUAAGAACACAACCUUUGAAAACGCCUCAAGGUCGAAGAUAUACGUACUUUUACAGACACAAGGCACUUGAAUGACAAACGCUCAAUACACAAAUACUCAUUUUUCAUUAGACGUGUUUUUAUUUUUCUCUUUUUUUUUUUUUUUUCAGUGUACUCAACACCGCCUUUGGUUUUCUCGACCCAGUCCUAUUUCAAACAUUUCCAAAGGAUUCAUCCGAAGGACAACAGACAGGAAAUAACAACUAGAUAUCUGUUCAAUAAAAGGAGCUCCAACGAAAAUCGCGCUUCGAAUCACGGUUAAUCGGACAGGAACUUUUUUCAACUCCUUCUUUUUCAGUUCAUUUCACGACCCCGCUCAAGGAUUAUUUCAUUUCAUUCUUAAAAAAAAAUAAAAUAAAAUAAAUAAAAACACAAGAAAUGAUAAAAAACCAAAAAUGUUGCUACCUCCUUUUUGAAAUAGUCCACAAAAUAAAUGGCCAAUGAAAACCAUUCAUGAAUUCAUACACCAUCGUGUUUCUCACGCAUCCUUAACAAAAAAAUAAAUAAAAAUAAUAAUAAUAAUAAUAGUUGAGAACCAAAAUAUGCUUGUGAACAAAAAAAGCUUGUCUGGCGAUCCUUGAUCCUGAAUUCAUUUGCAUGAAUGAAUGAAUCCAUGCAACACACACACACACACACACCGUGCUGACAAAAAUAAUAAUAAUAAUAAUAAGUAAUGACUACCUCUCCCCUUAGAAAGAAAAAAAUGCUGAGUCUUGUUAAGUGCAAAGCAUUAAACGGUCAACGUUAUUAAAAAAAAAAAAAAGAAAAAGGUCUAUUCCAAAUUGCUCGUCCACCAUCUUUAAGUGAUCUAUUAGCAUAGUGUCUGUGUACAGGUCUGCGGCGAGGAGGCAUUAAUUGCGCGCUCUAAUUCUGCAUGCAUAACGAGGGGCCAGGCCCUGCUUUAAGCCAAUGAGGCGGCCGGUCAUUAGAGUGCGCUCAAUGGGCCAGUGUCAGAAAUGAUGAUGGGCAGAAUGCAUUAACGCGGGUCCUCUCGUUCAAACGGCCCCCCGGCUUUCCAAUUAAUGCAAAGCGUGCCUUUAUGGCGGCUUCGGGUCAGGGGGAAAAAAAGAGCACAGACACCCGUACUAAGCAGCGUAGUUGUAGUUGAGUGUAGCAGUGACUAACAACGAGUUUUGGGGGUUUUUUUGGUUUGGUUUGGUUUGGUUUUGUUUUUUUGGUUCAUCCUGUAGCUCGCUGAAAAGACGAGCUGCAAAGAAGCCGGCGAAGUCGUGCUGGCGAAACCAAAAUAUCCCAAAGAUAAACGUAGAGCGUAAACAUCCAUGCUAAAGAUGACUACGAUGAGGCAUAUACACAGGAAUAAUUGUGCUGAAUCUCUCAGUAAUAAGGAACUGCUGCAUUUACGAAAGAACGUCAAUCGUGCUUUAAGGUACACACCUGUAAACAAAGUUGUUUUAUAAAGAUGUAGACUGAUGUACGUCAGUGGUAUUAACGAUCACCAUAAUGUUUUUGUUAAUCUUGUUGUAAUGAUGUAUUAUUGUAUAUUACAGCUUGGCUUAGCUCUCAAGGGCAUUUCUUCCCCACACACACACACACACACACUUUUUAUCUUUAUAUACUUUUCUGCAUUUUUUUUUUUUUUUUUGAACUUCCUACAUCCUUCUAGCUAUUGUAAAACUUCCUAUACUGUAUUGCUUACGCUGUAUGUAUUUAUCAUAUUAUGUGCUGCAGGUAUCAUUAUUUUCACUCCUGGUUUUUUUUUUCCUUCUUUGCCUUCACAAAACAUCUGGGACGAUGCUUUUUUUUUUUUUUUUUUUUUUUUAAGGUGUAUUAUCUCAACAAAAAAAAAAAAGACUUAAAGAUUACGAAAUUAGGUUAAGUGGUUUAGGUAAAAAACACCAGUUUGUAUAUUUAUCUUAGUUAGGUCUAUUUUGAUACGUUUUUUUUUUUUUUUUUUUUUGUCUCUGUAUUGCAGUUACGCAUUUUUACGGAAAAGGAAGAAAAAAAACCAAGAGAAAACAAAAUUUCAAAAAAAAAAAAAAGUUGAAUUCAUUGUUGCAAUGAUACCUCAGAAGGACUUUUUUUUUUUUUUUCUCAAAGGACAGGACCAAAACCUCAAACAAGAAGAAUGAGGAAAAUACAGAACCUGAAGAAGAAGAAGAAGAAGAAGAA